CUGCGGGAGCUGAAGGGAAGGAGGACACCGCCACCCGCAGCCUCCCGGGGCUCACUGCAGCGGGGACGGCGGACGAGCUCGCGGGCGCAACCUGCGGCGGAGGCGAGCCCUGCCCGGGUCCCGGGGUGCUGGCGGCGGGCGGGAGCAGGAGAGGAACCAUGUUCCCGGGCUGCCCACGCCUCUGGGUCCUGGUGGUCCUGGGCACCAGCUGGGCAGGCUGGGGGAGCCCAGGGGCCGAAGCAGCGCGGCUAAGACAGUUCUACGUGGCUGCUCAGGGCAUCAGCUGGAACUACCGCCCUGAGCCCACAAUCCCGAGUUUGAAUUCUUUUGCAAAUUCCUUUAACAAAAUUGUCUACAGAGAGUAUGAAGCAUAUUUUAAGAAAGAAAAACCACAAGCUAGAACUUCAGGACUUCUUGGACCUACUUUAUAUGCUGAAGUUGGAGACGUCAUGAAAGUCCACUUUAAGAAUAAGGCAGAUGUGCCCUUAAGCAUCCAUCCUCAAGGAAUUAAGUACAGUAAAUCCUCAGAAGGUGCUUCCUACCCUGACCACACAUUCCCUGUGGAGAGGAUGGAUGAUGCUGUAGCUCCAGGCCGAGAAUAUACCUAUGAAUGGCAUAUCACUGAGGACAGUGGGCCCACCCAUGAUGACCCUCCAUGCCUCACACAUAUCUAUUACUCCUAUGAAAAUCUGAUACAGGACUUCAACUCUGGGCUGAUUGGACCUCUGCUUAUUUGUAAGAAAGGCACCCUAACUGAUGAUGGGAUGCAGAAGAUGUUUGACAAGCAACACGUGCUGAUGUUUGCUGUGUUUGAUGAAAGCAAGAGCUGGAACAAGUCAUCAUCCCUAAUGUACACAGUCAAUGGCUAUGUGAAUGGGACGAUGCCAGAUAUAACAGUUUGUGCCAAUGACCACAUCAGCUGGCAUCUGAUUGGAAUGAGCUCUGGGCCAGAACUCUUCUCCAUUCAUUUCAACGGCCAGGUCCUGGAGCAGAACCAUCAUAAGAUCUCAGCCAUCAGCCUUGUCAGUGCCACGUCCACUACUGCCAACAUGACUGUGAGCCCAGAGGGAAAGUGGAUCAUAUCGUCUCUCAUCCCAAAACAUUUUCAAGCUGAGAUGAAGGCUUACAUAGACAUUAAAAACUGCGCAAAGAAAACCCGGAAUCCUAAGAAACUAACUCGCGAGCAGAGGCGGCACAUGAAGAGGUGGGAAUACUUCAUUGCUGCAGAGGAAGUCAUUUGGGACUACGCACCUAUGAUACCAGCGAACAUGGACAAAAAAUACAAAUCUCUGUACUUGGAUAAUUUCUCAAACCGAAUAGGAAAACACUAUAAGAAGGUUGUCUACAAACAGUACCAAGAUGAGUCCUUCACCAAACGCCUGGAGAACUUCAAUAUCAAAGAAGAUGGGAUCUUGGGCCCUAUUGUCAGAGCCCAGGUCAGGGACACACUCAAAAUUGUGUUCAAAAAUAUGGCCAGCCACACCUACAGCAUUUACCCUCAUGGAGUGACCUUCUCUCCUUAUGAAGAUGAAGUCAACUCUUCCUCCACCUCAGGCAAUAACAUCAUGGUCAGAGCAGUCAAACCAGGGGAAACCUAUACUUAUAAGUGGAACAUCCUCGAGUCUGAUGAACCCACAGAACGUGAUGCCCAGUGCUUAACCAGACCAUACUACAGUAAUGUGGACGUUACAAGGGACAUUGCCUCUGGGCUGAUAGGACUACUUCUAAUUUGUAAGAGCAGAUCCCUGGAUAAGCGAGGCAUACAGAGGGCAGCAGACAUUGAGCAGCAGGCUGUGUUUGCUGUGUUUGAUGAGAACAAGAGCUGGUACAUAGAGGACAACAUCAACAAGUUUUGUGAAAGUCCUGAUAAGGUGAAACGUGAUGACCCCAAGUUUUAUGAAUCAAACAUCAUGAGCACUAUCAAUGGCUAUGUGCCUGAGAGCAUACCCACACUAAGAUUCUGCUUUGAUGACACUGUCCAGUGGCACUUCUGCAGUGUGGGAACCCUGGAUGACAUUUUGACCAUUCAUUUUACUGGGCACUCAUUCAUCUAUGGAAAGAGGCACGAGGACACCUUGGCACUCUUCCCCAUGCGUGGGGAGUCUGUGACCGUCACAAUGGAUAAUGUUGGAACUUGGAUGUUAACUACCAUGAAUUCCAAUCCAAGAAGCAAAAACCUAAGGCUGAAAUUCAGUGAUGUUAAGUGUAUCCGGGAGGAUUAUGAAGACUCAUAUGAGAUAUUUGAACCUCCAGCGUCUACAGCCAUGACUCCACGGAAAACACACGAUUUUUCAGAAAACGAUGAAGAGAAUGAUGCUGACUAUGAUUACCAGAACACGCUGGCUUCAUCAUUAGGACUUAGGUCAUUCAGAAAUUCAUCAUUGAAUCAGGGGGAAGAUGAGUUCAAUCUUACUGCCCUAGCUCUGGACAACAACUCUGAAUUCCUUCCUCCAAGUACCAAUACAACUGUUGGAUCAAAUUCUUCUUCCCCAAGUAACGUUAGCAGACUCAUUGCCAAUAACUUUGCAAAACCUCAGAAAACUCUUUCUCAUUUAGAAGCCACAACAGCUGGUCCCUCCCUGGGACACAUUGGCUUAGACAAGAACUCAGUUCUCAACUCUUCCACAGCAGAGCAUUCCAGCCUUUAUUUUGAAGACCCUAUAGAGGAUCCUCUACAGUUGGAUGUCACAGGGAUAAGCCUACUCCCACUUGAUGCAGAAGGAUUCAGAAGUCAAGAACAUGCUAAACAUAAGGGAUUCAAGGCAGGAAGAGACCAAGCAGCAAAGCAUAGGUUCUCCCAGAUGGAAUUUCCAGCACAUAAAACUGGGAGACAUUUAAGCCAAGGCAACUCUUCUCCUUCCAGAAUGAGGCCCUGGAAGGAACUUCCCAGUGAUCUGCUACUUUUGAAACAAAAGAAUCCAUCUAAGAUUUUGAAUGGGAAAUGGCAUUUGGUUUCUGAGAAAGGUAGUUAUGAAAUAAUCCGAGAUGCUGAUGAAGACAUGGCUAUUAAUAAGCUGCUGAACAGCGCCCAGAAUGCCUCCAGGACUUGGGGAGAAAGCAUCCCUCUUACAAACAAGCAUGGAAAGCAGAGUGACCACCCGAAGUUUUCUGGAAUUAGACGUAAAUCUCUACAAGUAAGACAGGAUAGAGGAAAUAGUGGAUUGAAGAAAAGCACUUUUCUCAUUAGAACACGAAAAAAGAAAAAGGAAAAGAAGCUUGCAUACAAUGUUCCUCUAUCUCCACGGGGCUUUCACCCUCUAAGAGGAGAGGCCAACACCACAUUUUCAGAUGGGAGACUUGAUCAUUCAUUGUUACUCCAUAAGUCCAAUGAAACAUCUCUUCCCACAGACCUCAAUCAGACAUUCCUUUCUGUGAAUCUUGGCCUGAUAGCCUCACUUCCUGACCAGGAUCAGAAUCCUUCAAACAACACCAGUCAGACAAGCUCCUCUCCAGAUCUUCAUCAGACAAUGCCCCCAGAGGAACACUAUGAAAUGUUCUCUGUUCAAGACUCUGAUCAAAUGCACUCUACUACAGACCCCAGUCACAGAUCUUCUCCAGAGCCCAGCCAAAUGCUCGACUAUGACCUAAGAAACAAGUCUUUUCCUACUGACAUUGGACAAAUGUUCCCUCCCUUGGAAGCUGAAGUCUGGGAGUCAACCAUCUCUCCAGACAUCAGUCAACCAUCCCUCUCUCCAGAACUUAGUGAGACAAACCUUUCCCCAGACCUUGGUCAGAUGCCCCUUUCCCCAGACCUCAGCCAGCCAACUCUCUCUCCAGACAUCAGUCAGACAACCCUUCCUCCUGACCUCAGGAAGACAUCACCUCCUCCAGACCUUGAUCAGAUAUCCUAUACUUCUGAAUCUAGUCAGUUAUUGCCUCUUCCAGAAUUUGAUCAGAUUUUUCCUUAUCCAGACCUCAGUCAAAUGCCAUCUCUUCCACCAUCUUCUACACUAAAUAACACUUUUAUACCGAGGGAAUUUAAUCCACCGGUUGUAGUAGGCCUCAGUGGAGAUGAUGGAGAUUACAUUGAGAUUAUUCCAAGGCAGAAGAAAGAGAGCAGUGAAGAAGACUUGGCUAAAUUUGAUUACGUGACCUAUGAUGACCCUUACCAAUCUGAUAUUAGGACAGACAUCCACUCCUCCAGAAAUCCUGACAACAUUGCAGCAUGGUACCUCCGCAGCACCAAUGGAAACAGAAAAUAUUAUUACAUUGCUGCUGAAGAACUAUCCUGGGAUUAUUCAAAAUUUGCACAAAGUGAAACGGAUAAUGGAGACACUGAUGAUGUUCGAGAAGACACCAUAUAUAAGAAAGUAGUUUUUCGAAAGUACCUUGACAGCACUUUUACCAAACGUGAUCCUCAGGGGGAGUAUGAAGAGCAUCUUGGCAUUCUUGGUCCUGUUAUUAGAGCUGAAGUGGAUGAUGUUAUCCAAGUUCGUUUUAAAAAUUUAGCAUCCAGACCGUACUCUCUUCAUGCCCAUGGGCUUUCCUAUGAAAAAUCAUCAGAGGGAAAGACUUAUGAAGAUGACUCUCCUGAAUGGUUUAAGGAGGAUAAUGCUGUCCAACCAAACAGCAGUUACACGUAUGUGUGGCAUGCCACCGAGCGAUCGGGGCCAGAAAGUCCUGGCUCUGCCUGUCGCGCUUGGGCCUACUACUCAGCAGUGAACCCGGAGAAAGAUAUCCAUUCGGGCUUGGUAGGUCCCCUUCUGAUCUGCCAAAAAGGAACACUUCAUAAGGAGAGCAACAUGCCUGUGGACAUGAGAGAAUUUGUCUUACUUUUUAUGGUCUUUGAUGAAAAGAAGAGCUGGUACUAUGAAAAGAAGCCCAAAAGGUCUUGGCGUCUCACAUCCUCAGAAGUAAAAAACUCCCAUAUGUUUCAUGCCAUUAAUGGGAUGAUCUACAACUUGCCUGGCCUAAGAAUGUACGAGCAAGAGUGGGUGAGGUUGCAUCUGCUGAACAUGGGCGGCUCCCGAGACAUUCACGUGGUUCACUUUCAUGGCCAGACCUUGCUGGAAAAUGGCACUCAACAGCACCAGUUAGGGGUCUGGCCCCUUCUCCCUGGUUCAUUUAAAACUCUUGAAAUGAAGCCGUCAAAAGCUGGCUGGUGGCUCCUAGAUACAGAGGUCGGAGAAAACCAGAGAGCAGGGAUGCAAACGCCAUUUCUCAUCGUAGACAGAGAAUGUAAGAUGCCAAUGGGACUAAGCACUGGUAUCGUAGCUGAUUCACAGAUCAAGGCUUCUGAGUACAUGAGUUAUUGGGAGCCCAAAUUAGCAAGAUUAAACAAUGGUGGAUCAUAUAAUGCUUGGAUCUCAGAAAAACUUUCAACAAAAUUUGACUCUAAACCUUGGAUCCAGGUGGACAUGCAAAGGGAAGUCCUAUUCACAGGGAUCCAGACCCAAGGCGCCAAACAAUACCUGAAGUCCUACUACACCACUGAGUUCUACGUGGCCUACAGCUCUGACCAGACAAACUGGCAGAUCUUCAAAGGGAACAGCACAAGGAAUGUGAUGUAUUUUGAUGGCAAUUCAGAUGCCUCUACAAUAAAAGAGAAUCAGUUUGACCCACCUAUUAUGGCUAGAUAUAUUAGGAUCUCUCCAACUAGAUCCUAUAACAGACCUGCCCUUCGAUUGGAGCUGCAAGGUUGUGAGGUUAACGGAUGCUCCACACCGCUGGGUAUGGAAAAUGGAAAGAUACAAAACAAGCAAAUCACAGCUUCCUCAUUUAAAAAAUCUUGGUGGGGAGAUUACUGGGAACCUUUCCGUGCCCGUCUUAAUGCCCAGGGCCGUGUGAAUGCCUGGCAAGCCAAGGCAAACAACAACCAACAGUGGUUACAAAUUGAUCUGCUCAAAAUCAAGAAGAUAACUGCGAUUGUAACACAGGGUUGCAAGUCUCUGUCCUCUGAAAUGUAUGUGAAGAGCUACAGCAUCCACUACAGUGACCAGGGAGUGGAAUGGAAACCUUACAGGCAGAAAUCCUCAAUGGUGGACAAGAUUUUUGAAGGAAACAAUAAUAUCAAAGGACACAUGAAGAACUUUUUCAAGCCACCAAUCAUUUCCAGGUUUAUCCGAAUCAUUCCUAAAACAUGGAAUCAAAGUAUUGCACUUCGCCUGGAACUCUUUGGCUGUGAUAUUUACUAGAAUUGAACAUUCAAAAAGACAGAGGGACUCUUAAAGAUAUCAAACCAUUUAGAGUGGGGGGCAAUGUAUUUUGUAGCUAUUUUAAAUAUUAAUAAUUUUCCACUAUUUCCCUUUUUUUGUAUUAGAGAAUAAAAUCUUAUAUAUGAAACUUU